UGACGCUGACACGUGCUCUGAAAGUUUCUCUCCUAUUUUAGCGGAAGUUUGUGAUCAACUCAUGGACACAUGGACUCGUCACUGGAGAGCUCGAGCUCAUCUCAGGGUCACCUCGCGCGCUGUAGUCGCACCUGUAAGAUCAUCGUGAUCGGAGACGCGGGUGUCGGUAAAACCUGUCUGACCCACCGCUUCUGCACCGGACAGUUUCCCAGCAGAACUGAAGCGACGAUCGGGCUCGACUUCCGUGAGAAAUUUCUUGAGAUAGAGGGCGAUCAAAUCAGAGUGCAACUGUGGGACACGGCAGGACAGGAGCGUUUCCGCAAAAGCAUGGUGCAGCACUAUUAUCGCAAUGUGCACGCCGUCGUCUUCGUCUUUGAUGUCACUAACCCUUCCAGUUUCUGCAAUCUGCCACUGUGGAUAGAUGAGUGCCGUCAACAGACCCUCGGUCAGGAUGUACCCCGUGCUCUUGUUUGCAAUAAAGCCGACCUGGCUUCAGGGACUACUUCAGUUUUAAUCGAGCAGGGUCGUCACUUGGCUGAAGUCCACAGGAUGUUUUUUUACCUCACUUCAGCCAAAGGGGACCAGGCGGACCAGGUGGACAAUAUCUUUGUGACUUUGGCACAGAAGUCGAAGAACCAGAGGGGACAGAGAGUGAAUGAAUGUGUGUCGCUGUCCAGCAGAGCAGUUACAGAAAACAAAAUCCCAGCAGGAAAGAAAACAGACGUAAGAAAGAAGUGGGCCUGCUUUUAG